UGGGCACGCCGUUCAAAACAACAUCCACAAUGCAUUGCGAACCCGGAACAGGAAGACAAAAUCUCCAUCAGCUGACCGCGGUGUGCAAUAUCUCGCAGGAUUUUCUCAUUUUGCGCAGUAAAUUCUUUCUUUUCCAAGUAGAAGCCUACGCCAUGUUACGACCAAAGGCACUGACGCAAGUUCUGAGCCAAGCGAACACAAACGGAGUCCAGAGCACGCUUUUACUGAACAACGAAGGCUCCUUGCUGGCGUACUCCGGCUACGGCGACACGGACGCUCGGGUCACCGCCGCCAUCGCCAGCAACAUCUGGGCGGCGUACGACAAGAACGGCCACCAAGCUUUCAAUGAAGACAAGCUGAAGUUCAUUCUAAUGGACUGCAUGGAGGGAAGGGUGGCCAUCACUCGUGUGGCCAACCUGCUUCUGUGCAUGUACGCCAAGGAGACGGUGGGCUUUGGGAUGCUCAAAGCCAAGGCAGAGGCUCUGGUGGAGUACCUGGAAGAACCGCUCACCCAAGUGGCCGCAUCUUAGUAGUCUAUCCUUCGUAAAGUGCAGCUUUUAAAGCAAUAAACUCCAUGUCAUUGUA